CAUUACAAUUUGCAACGGCUACAUUGUUGGGUGGUUGUCUCUCUCUCUUCCUUUUUUUCCCUUACACGGCAAAUCCAAACCCAACAACAGCUUUCAAAAGUGUUAGGUGUAAAGAGAGUGAGAGAGUGAGAGAGUGAGAGAGUGAGAGAGUGAGAGAGAAAAAAAAGCAAAGGCCCACCUGUGUUAAUUUUGCAAUGGAAUCACAAAGAGAAUAUGAGAAAGAAGAAGAAGCACUAGUGUUGAAAACAACAAAAGUGGUGGAGUAUUUGGUGCCAAAGAUGUCAAUUGAGCUUCUGUGCAAGUUUCCAGAUAACUCUGCCUAUGACUUUGACUACUCUCAGAGCACAAUUUGGUCCCCUUUGCUUCCAAGACCUUACACUCCCAUGGAUUUGGAUCUCAUCACUCCAAAGAAACUUUCCUAUGACGAGAAGGUGGGUUCUAAGCUUAGGAAGAAGUUCACUGCCUCUACCUUCAAUCUUAACCUUGAUUUCAUCAGAAAGAAUAGCAAGAGCAAGAACAAGAAGGUGCCUUCUGAAUUUUCUCCAACACCCUUUAGAGGUGCUUGUAACCCCAUCAUGAACAAGCGAUGGGCAAGAGCACUGAAAGCUGCCUCAAAACAGUUCAAGAAAUGGAAGGUGAAGAGAGACCCCAUUGCCCAUGUGAUGCUACCCAGAUCAUGAUUUUUCUUAAAAAAAAAUAUUUGUUGUAUUGGUGUUGUUAUUACUUUUUGUAAUUUUGGAAUUUCAUCUCAUUCAGUAACUACACAUUUUCUUUGUUUAUCGCACUUUUUGUCCACAGGAAGUAUAUUUAUGACUAAA